CCCUGCAUAUAGUGAAAAGCGAGAAAAUCUAAUCAGCUGAUCCCUUCCCGCGCAGAACACAAACACGGCCAUUCUGUGUGUAUGGCGAUUUAAAUACCCUACACCCGCCCUUAUUUCACCUUUAACACUCAACAGAGCAACAAUGGAGAACCAGAAGUGUCUACGAGUCCUUCAUCCCAACGUCCAGGGGCAGUCUCGGCUCCUCGUGUCUUCAAAUGGCAGUCUUUCCCUCAACACACAAAACAGAGGCAAAAAGAGAAAAAAUGACGAGAACUUGGGCUCUGCAAAAUGCAAGCGCAAGGAUGGAAUCUUCAUAGACUCAGACCUAAAGAAAGCUGUAAAAACUGCAUCAACAUCUACUCAGACAGACUCACUCCAAAGCACCACAGAGACACCGCCCCCCACGGCCCCUGCAGCCACCACCUCCACACAGGCAACAAUUGACAUGCUCACCAAUGAUACCGCUCCAGCCCAGUACUGGGAGGCACUGGCGGAGAAAAGGCGGGAGGCACUGGAAGACACUCUGCAGGAAAACCAAAAGCUUCAUGAGAAAAACAAAGAACUUGAGAGUGAAGUUUCUGUUUUGAAAGAAGAAAACAAGCUAUUGGAAGACAUGGUAGAAGAGGCCAAGCAACUGGCUGCUCUUGUACAGUCUGUUACAGGAGGAGAAGCUGAAUAGAGCAGAUUUUGGAGGGAAGAGUGCAGCUGCUCUACAUUCCCUUCACUUUUAAACUGACACUUGUUUGUGAGAGUAUCUCAGUAAUCACAAAUUUGAUAUGAUAUGAUUCUAGGAACAUUAGUUAGAUUUGUAUGUGACACUUUUAAACUGACACUUGUUUGUGAAAGCAUCUCAGUAAUCACAAAUUUGAUAUGAUAUGAUUCUAGGAACAUUAGUUAGAUUUGUAUGUGACAUGGGUUAUUUAUUGAGAUGAAUAUCUAUAUUUUUUACUGAUGACGGAGCUUAUUAAGAAUUUAGCUUAAGUUGUUUUUUUUACUUCUUGUGAUAGGAUUUUUGGUAGAAUUGAGCAAAACCCAAAUGUAUUUUGUGUUCACUUAGUAUAAGUAAUGUUGUGUGUGCCUUCAGGGAAUCCUGGAGGCUGUGCUGUGGCCCAGCCUGCUAGGGGUGUCCUCUGAGGGAGGUGAGGCACCAGUGAUGUGUGAUAUUCAGUCAAGAAAAUAAACUACAUUCUCAAGAA